UACCAGUGACCUUUGCCCGCUGGUGCACGUGAGCAGAGCGUGAAGAGGCAGAGGCAUGAAUUUGUCAUUGAAUUUGAGCUUUUCAUACUGAAGCUUUUUGGUCGGUUCAUGGCUUCGGAAGGAACGAAGAAACGACAGUUUCAACCCCCUUCUCUGGAGUCUCUGGAGUCAAACUAAGGUGUUUCUCGUGCCUAAUUAAGUUAUUUGGGGAUCAUAAAAUUAUCUAUAUAACACUUGUUUUGUUAUUCGUCGUGUGACUUGGGUAUAAUAGAGGGCUUUUGAUUUUAAGACGAGGACGACUUUUCCCAAUACUAAGUAUUGCGCGCACGAACCAACAUCAUUUUGGCGGGAAAAUAUGGUAGCCGUUGUCAUCCUACCACGAUUUUUAGCGAGAAUGUCGUAGUAGCGAAAACAAGUUGUCAAAUGUUAGAAAUUUUGUAAUUUAGCGAUCGGUAGAGGGCUUUAUCUCCUUCAUCGGAAAUAAGCGUGCUAACUUUUGGGGUUAAAAAAGGUACAGUGAAGCUUUCCGGGGUAUCUAUUUUUAGAGAAUAGGCGAGAAAACUUAAAAUUAAAUGUCGUCCUUCGUUGUCGUCCUCCUCCUCGAAACUAAAGCUCUCUAAUAAGAUUAACCCAACGAGGAUUAUCUAACACGAUGAAGCAUUAUUUUUGUCCUCAGGCUCUUCUUUGUUCCAAGUUUGUCAGCAGCGACUUAUGUGAUUUUGUUUUAAGAAGAAUUGAGGAUCAGAAGAUGAAAGAUAUGACGUCUGUAUUUCUUCUUUGUCUUUCUCAUGUGAACAGAUAUACUGAGGUGAGAAGGACUUCUUUACUUGUAACUGCCAAGAUUAUCGGAGAUCAAAGUUAGAGAAAAUCGCCCAAUCUUAUUUUUAAGUACUGAGAAAAAUUAGUAAUACUAUGUGAAAGUAUCCCUGAAAGGGUUUGAAAGCCACACCACUUGAUUGCGUCUACUGACGCAAAUAGGGAGGACUCCAGUACGGCCUCGAAAACUGACCAUGGGGAUAAAGGCUUAUCAUGAAAUAGUAAGUUUACGCAAAGGCGUUUUAGAUCUAAACACGUCAACCGGAAGUGAAAUUUUUUCCCUUCUAAUACAGUAAUAGCCCGCGUAUAAGAACCUGAAUUUUUCAAUUUAGCCUAAAUAGGUUCUUAUAUAAAUGGUACUUAAAGCAAAUUUAGGCUACCGAGGUUCUUAAAAUAGGUUCUUAUAUUUUCAUAUGAAUUUCAUCUGAAUAUACUAUAUAUAUUAUAAAUAUCAUCUGAUAAUACAGUAUAAAUCAUUUAUUUGUACCAUAGAGCAAUGCCUAUAGGCAGUUCAGUGCAGGUACAGCAUAUGUCCUAGAUGAUGAUCUUCAUUCAGCAGUUUCUACCUAUACACUUUUACAGCAACCCCACUGAUAAGAACCUAACUUAAAAUUUUAGCCUAAAUAGGUUCUUAUGUGGAGGGGGCUUAAAAUGAAAAUUUUAGCCUAACAGGUUCUUAUACGCGGGCUAUUACUGUAUGCCUUGUAGUGCUAAGUGUCUUUACUUCUUUACUCCAGUAUUGAGACUAUUUGCUCCCAAAUUUGGCCAUUGCCACUGCCCAAAAAUGCAAACAUUCCACUUUCGGUUGACUUGUGUCGUUCAGAACCGCCUUUGCUUAAGCUUCUUAAUACCCCUAGAAUGCGUUUUAUGAGGUGCAUUCUCAGGCGAAGUGACUACUAUGACGUCACCUCCACACGUUCUCUUUUUACAUUAAGCACAUAGCGACUCGGUGGGUACGUAGAAUAAAUCUUAACUUUAAUUAUUUUUCUGGCACAGGCUGUUGCUGUCAUUUUGGAGGAUUUUCCUGAAAUAAUAUUACCUUAUGCAGACACUUAUUUCGAUCAAGAUGUUGAGAAGGUUGGUACAGUUUGUUUCUAUUGGUAACGUUUCCGCACAAGUGCUCAUGAUCCAAAAAUAGUCCCGCUAGACCCAACCCUAGUCCUCAGUCCAUAGGCGUUCUCUCUUCUCCUGUUUUCCGCGGAAAGACUGGGAAACUGAGAGUGAUGGUGAUGUUUUUGAUAACGUCACGGCUUUCUCCCUGAAUCGUUUCGUUCAAAGUUCAACCUGACUUGCAGUGUUAAGUAUUUGUUGUUCGUGAAGCUAUUUUCAGGAUACUGUUUAUUUUCCAGUGGUCUCAUCUCCUGAAAACGAUACUUGACUUAUGCAAAGAAGGACCAAACAGCGAUGAUUCUGAAUUCAAGAAAGAGUCCAUUGUUGCUGUUCUUAGAGGUACUAGUUCCACAAUAGAUUUACUGCUCUUUCACUAAUUUAAUUUUGUGGUAAUGCGCAAUUUACGGCAAGAGAGAAUUCUCUGUUGUUUACGGCUAAUUUGCUCGUGCUUGCCACAAAAUGAAUUCAAAGGUCUUGUAAGCGAUCGUCUCAGAACUUAGGAAAGUCAACAGAACUGGAGCAUGAAAAGCGAUUGACUAGUGACCAUUGGCAAGGGACCACGGAAGUUAGGAGAGAUAAGAGAGGAACUUGCUUUCCCCCUACCCGCUGUGCUUUGCGCGCAAAUUUACUCGUGACAGAGAGGACUGGAAACAUGGCAGUUUGUACAGUUGACUCCCGAUAACUCGAACCCUCGCUAACUUGAACCAAAAUCGAUUUCGCCUGGAUUUCCGUCACACAUUUUCUGUAAUUUUACCCUCGGUAACUCGAACCCUCGAUAACUCGAAUUUCCGCUAACUCGAAGUAGUUUUUGUUUCCCCUAAGAUCAUUUCUAUAUAAUUUUACCCUCGAUGACUCGAACCAUGUUUUGAGCCCUUAAAAAGUCGGGAAAAGAAAACAGUCUACUGGCGUCCGAAACACUGAAUUUUGAAUUUCCCAUUGACGUGUUGUAGGCAUUCCUCCUAGUGGAGGCUGAUCUUGUUUGUCACAAAUCUAACGUAAACAGCUUUACUUCUCAAAACAGUAAAACGCAUGCUCUAUUUCGGCAACAGUUUGUUACGUUGCUUUCUGAUUUAUGAUCUAGAAGUAUCUUUCAAUUAAUUAACUGUGAUUAAAAUGUUCACUGUGCAGUAAAAACUGUUUUUUUCCUACUCCCGGCUAUUUUCUUCGAGCUUCCGAUAACUCGAACUUUGUUCAAUUUCCAUUGAGGGUCUGAGUUAUCGUGAUUCGACUGUACAUGGCCUCUAGUCUCUAGACUGGAUAACGUUUGUAAAAGGAUAAAACUCGUUCUCGUGUGAACAGCAUUAAACGCAUAAUUUUGCUUGCCUUACUAGUAUUUAUAAACAGAAUCAAUUAUUAGUCUAGUGAAAAUAUCAUUGAUCAGAUUGACUUAUUGAUUCAUUCUCUGCUCAACGUAGGUUCCCUUUUAGCUUAUACGACGGAGAAUUUUGGUAUGCUUUAAAUGUGCUUUGCUAUUUUUCCUUCCUUUUAAGGAACGCUUCAGCAACUGUGCACAAUCGUCACACCGAGUGAGUUCCUAUCUUUGCUUCCUAAUGACGGAUGUAUCGGUUUCUUUUUGCCAUAUCUUCAACAAUGCUACAGUCGCUGUGCAUCUGACUUGGUUAACAAAAGACUGGUGACGAGAACAAGGCAACUGACCAGUUAGCGACGGAUACUCAAGCUACAGAGCAGUGUUUAGGUUCUAUAACUCAAAAGGAGGACACCUCAUGAGGUUUAGACAACGUAGUAUUCGUAGUCGUUUUUUAAGAAGAAGAAAAGCGUAUUUAGUAGGAAAUUAACAUCAAGGAAAGUAAGAAAAUAGAGCUGCGAUUGAGUUUUGCACUGAUUCAUAGUGACGAGGGUUAAGCGCCGAUCGAUCCAGAAUGAUUGGCUUAUAUUUACUGUUUUCGAACUCGAUAACAAAUUCUAUAAAAUUAAGAAGGAGGGGGCCAAUUUAGUACGAAAGAAAAGGAAAAUAUACAAAAAUUAUGUUUUGCCCUGACUUAUAGUGAUUAGUGUAAAGUACUGAUUGAGAAUGAUUAAACAUUUAUUUACUGUUUCGGAAACUCCAUAGAUAUUCUAUAAAACUACGGCUGUUGGUACCGAAUCGGCCGAAUGCUCCUUUAUAAUAGUGGUUAAGGAAGAGACAACUGUAGUUAAUUGGGUUCAAGGCUUCUGGACUCUAUUUACUUUGCUUUUUUAACUUUGAAGUUUUGGAUAAGGUCUCUUCGGUGUGUACAGUUCAUGGGGUAUCCGAUCUCCUUCUGGGCUAUAGAAUGUAGAAUAUACCGAGUUAUAGAUCUUCCCCUUUCGCUGGAUGGCAUGGAAUGCUGAGAUUCCAUUUCUUUUGGGAUAUACGCCGACUUAAAGCACAAGACGCGAUGCUUACCGACAGCAAAAAAGAAGCAGCCAUUUCUCGUUCGCCAUAGACUUGGUGCUUGACCUGUCUAAUAUCAGAGCAUUAGACGUCAAGUUUACGGCCAACGGCUGCUUGCGGUUUAACGUCGAUUAUCGAUCCCACAAUGAUAAAGUAGUACGGUUUACACUCAUGUCAGUUUUCAUCGAAUUAAAUAAAAAUGCCUCUCUUGAGAUUCUCGUUGAAAACGGCAAACGCCAGAACAUUAAAUCGCUCGAAAAAUGGUCAUCUCUGCAUAGUUUGCUGUAAACGCGUUACAAAUUUUACUGCGUCACGAAUUCAAAUUUACUCGUAAGAGUUGUAAAAGCUGGUUUUCCUUAGCUUGGUACCAGGCUCCGCUGUGAGAGAAAGAGGCAAGAAACGGGUUCAAAUGGGAAAAAUAUCACCGAGCGAAGUGAGCCCAGCGGUGGACUGGGGAGGAGUAAGGGC